CAGUGCACCUUGACCCAAACCCGGUGCGACUGCCAAAGGGGAUCUGUUGUACUUUCCGGAACCUUCCUCUCCCGGCCGGAACCUACAGGCCGAUGCCGUGAUGUUUAGGAACCAUAAGGGUCUGAUUGUCGGGUGUCUCAUCGUCACCUCGCUGCUCUCGGGGGUCAUCGCUCUCAUCCUCAGCCUCGUCAAUUCCCAAACUGUCACCCAGCCCCCACCGGACAAGUAUGGCAUGGUGUUUGACGCUGGUUCCUCCCACACCACCCUCUACCUGUACCAAUGGCCGGCCAAUAAGGAGAACGACACCGGGAUCAUCAGACAAGCCUAUAGCUGUGAUGUACAAGGGCCUGGGAUUUCCUCCUACGCAGAUACCCCCUCCGGGGCAGCGGCCAGUCUGCAGCCUUGUAUGGACCAGGUCCUGAGUGUCAUCCCCGCGGCCCAACAGCGCCAGACCCCCGUCCUGCUCGGAGCCACCGCCGGCAUGAGGCUCCUCAGAAUAGAAAAUGCCACCAAAACCCAACUUAUAUUUGAUGAAAUCUCUAAAACGCUUGGGGGGUACCCAGUGGAUUUUCGGGGUGCCCGUAUACUGACUGGCAGCGAGGAAGGCUCCUUGGGAUGGGUCACGGUCAACUACCUCCUGGGCACCUUUGUAGGGCACACAUACCUGGGCAGCUGGGUUCACCCGACGGGUGGGCAGACGUUCGGGGCCAUGGAUCUGGGUGGGGCUUCUACGCAGAUGACCUUCCAGCCCACGGGGGCCAUUCAGGACAAGGACACGGAGAUGUUCUUCAGACUCUACGGCUACAACUACACCAUCUACACCCACAGCUACCUCUGCUACGGGCAGGAUCAAGUCUUCAAGAGACUGCUCGCCAACAUUCUACAGGGCUGGUCGUCUGGGCUAGUGGCGCACCCCUGCUAUGCCAAGGGCUACAGAGCCAACAUCUCCCUGGCAUCUGUCUUCAACAGCCCCUGUGUGCCCAGUGGGCCGGCCGACCUGUCUGUCAAUGUGACCGUGGAGGGGACCGGGGACCCCACUGAGUGCCACCGAGCCAUCGGCAACGUCUUCAAUUUCUCCGCCUGUCAGAGCAAAGCCGACUGUUCCUUCGAUGGAGUCUAUCAACCCCCGGCACAGGGGGAGUUCUAUGCUUUCUCUGCCUUCUAUUACACCUUCAGCUUCCUGAACUUGACCAGCAGACAAUCGCUGAGCGAGGCCAAUGGCACCGUCUGGAACUUCUGCUCCAGUGAUUGGGCCACGCUCACCGGAUCCUUCCCAUUGGAGAGCCGGAAGCGCCUGCUGGAGUAUUGCAGCUCAGGGAUGUACAUACUCACGCUGCUAUUGGACGGUUACAAAUUUGACAGCCAGACCUGGAACAAGAUCUAUUUCUCUAAGCAGGCGGGCAGUAUGGAUAUUGGGUGGACCCUGGGCUACAUGCUAAACCUGACCAACAUGAUCCCGUCAGAAGCCCCCACGUACCUGAAGGCGCACAGCUACAGUCUCUGGGUCGGCGCCAUAUUCUUCAUUGUACUGAGCAUCAGCGCUGGGCUGCUGGCCGCCCCGUUACACUGCUUCUGUAGGAACAUCUCCCCGGGGCAGGCCGGGUGGACCUGAUAGACGGCGGGUUAGAGGGGGCGCUGGACUGUCAAUCCCCACCCUUACAGUUACCAACAGACACUCAUCAUCUAUAUAUUUAACACUGUCAAAUCCUCCACCAUAAAUACUCAUCUGCUCCCUGAACUGGACGCCAUGCUCUGGGCUCUCUGGCGCCAUGCUCUGGGCUCUCUGGUGCCAUGCUCUGGGCUCUCUGGCGCCAUGCUCUGGGCUCUCAGCCUCAACCAUAAAUACUCAUCUGCUCCUUGAACUGGACACCAUGCUCUGGGCUCUCUGGUGCCAUGCUCUGGGCUCUCAGCCUCAACCAUAAAUACUCAUCUGCUCCUUGAACUGGACGCCAUGCUCUGGGCUCUCUGGCGCCAUGCUCUGGGCUCUCAGCCUCAACCAUAAAUACUCAUCUGCUCCUUGAACUGGACGCCAUGCUCUGGGCUCUCUGGUGUCAUGCUCUGGGCUCUCAGCCUCAACCAUAAAUACUCAUCUGCUCCUUGAACCGGACGCCAUGCUCUGGGCUCUCUGGUGCCAUGCUCUGGGCUCUCAGCCUCAACCAUAAAUACUCAUCUGCUCCUUGAACUGGACGCCAUGCUCUGGGCUCUCUGGCGCCAUGCUCUGGGCUCUCAGCCUCAACCAUAAAUACUCAUCUGCUCCUUGAACUGGACACCAUGCUCUGGGCUCUCUGGUGCCAUGCUCUGGGCUCUCAGCCUCAACCAUAAAUACUCAUCUGCUCCUUGAACUGGACGCCAUGCUCUGGGCUCUCUGGCGCCAUGCUCUGGGCUCUCAGCCUCAACCAUAAAUACUCAUCUGCUCCUUGAACUGGACACCAUGCUCUGGGCUCUCUGGUGCCAUGCUCUGGGCUCUCAGCCUCAACCAUAAAUACUCAUCUGCUCCUUGAAUUGGACGCCAUGCUCUGGGCUCUCUGGUGCCAUGCUCUGGGCUCUCAGCCUCAACCAUAAAUACUCAUCUGCUCCUAGAACUGGACGCCAUGCUCUGGGCUCUCUGUUGCCAUGCUCUGGGCUCUCAGCCUCAACCAUAAAUACUCAUCUGCUCCUUGAACUGGACGCCAUGCUCUGGGCUCUCUGGUGCCAUGCUCUGGGCUCUCAGCCUCAACCAUAAAUACUCAUCUGCUCCUAGAACUGGACGCCAUGCUCUGGGCUCUCUGGCGCCAUGCUCUGGGGUAAUUUUAAAGGCUAUGAAAUGGGAUAUUAGAGCACUGGCCACAUGUCAUAAGAGGAAACCGUGGAAUCCUACUCGCUGGUAUGUGGGGAAAUGAAUGGACCAGUACCAGAGUAUUAUACAGUAUCCAAACCCGAUCCCCCAGAGCCACUUACCUGUGUACUGUACAAGUGACCCUGUCAUUACUGUAUUUAUACUUCAUUCAAAGCAUUUGUAAUAAACAGUCGGACCUUC